AUGCCUCCCACCUAUUCACACAACGAAGCUACCCUGAGAGGCGUCCUUCUCACUCUCAUACUCGCCAAUCUCGUCUGGAUCGCAAGCAUGCUCGGCUCCAUCUACGAAGAAGACAUGGAGUGGGAUCCCUACACCGGCCUUCCCAUGUCCAACGACGACGGCGAUGCCCAAGGUCGGACGGGGACAUCUGUUGCCACACGAGCUCGCCCGAAACCUACACUUGAUAAUUUCCUCGUCUCUGCAAGGAUCGGCACGCCUCACCUUAUCAAAUUUGCCGUCCGCGCCUUCUUUGGCUCUUGA